AUGAGUAUUCCUGCGAUAUCAACCAGCAGUCCGCUCCUCUCCACGUCUAUGUAUGGUCCGGGCGGAAAGCACCCCAUCUUCCCUAAAGUGUCUCCCGGCUGGAGGAUAGAUAACAACUACCAGAUUCGGUGUAAGCUCCAAUAUAACAUGGACACCACACCUUCCCCGGAAUGUUACUCAUCAAAUCGUGGCCCAGUUGUCAUACAGGAAAAUCACCUCACCAUUCGCCUGGCCACCACCCGAGUCCCCAAAGCCUACGAAACCUCCCCUCCAUUCUAUUCGAUUACCCUAACUGCGGCACAGCGUCAGACAGGACCCGCACCUCGGCUAGGAAUUCAGGAGGAGAGCGAGAUAUGGGGAGAGGAUGGGUUGGAUCAGAUGCAUCGAGUGGUAAUAGGCAAGUGUCUAGGGCAAGUACGGGGACACUUUAUGUUCCCAUGCUGGGCAUGCGACGGGGUCUGUGACAGUGCCUGCGACCACCGGCUCUGUUCCUACGGCAUCAUGAAGGUCGAUCGCGCCCUUCUCCAUCCGCUUUUCAACCAAGCCAGCAUCCCCGAACUCCCUCUGCUCGCCUUCCAGAUGAACGAGUUCUGGCGCAGCAUCCCCAUCGAGCGACACCUGCGCCUUGCGAUUGCCUACCCGCCCGGUUACCAGUGCGACAUGACGACCUGGUAUGAGUUCUAUCCUCCCAUCGCGGUCUUUAUGACGGAGAUGGAGGCAGAGUAUGUGCGCGCGGAGCAACGACGGAGGGGAUGGAUCGUAGAAAAUGACCGGGAGAGACAACAACGGCUCAUGGAGGAGUCGCGCAUGGAGCGACGUUUCGCGCAUCAUGCCCUCCGGCUUGCCAAAGUCAUCGCCGAAGCCUGUCAGGCAGCAUACCUGGAGCGCACCUAUCGUCAUUUCCUGCGGGCCGUAGGGGGGAGGGCGUGA